AUGUCCUAUCAGAAGGCGCUACAUUCACUUCGCCCUCUUCGCAUUCUGACCCGUCCUUCUCUUAUCUCCAGCACAUCAUUACGCCCCUCCAUUCUCCAGCAACAAUCAUUGUUCCAUUCAACGUCUAGAAAGUACCAGUUAAAUGAAACGACAAAAGCGAACAAAUCUAAUGAAACGGGUGAAUCAAAAACAAGUAACGAAGGAAUAGAUGAUCAAUUGGCCGCGGAAACCGGCGCACCUCAAGGAACGAGAGCAGAUCAAGGAGAAGGACCUGAUACAAGAGAUAAGCAAAUAGCUGAAUUAAAGGAUAGCUAUCUCCGUGCGCUAGCAGAAAUGGAAAACCUUCGCGAACGCACUCGAAGAGAAAUUGAACACACAGCUCAAUUUGCUAUUCAAAAGUUUGCCAAAGAUCUUGUCAACACAGUCGAUGUUCUAAAUCUUGCGUUAAAGUCUGUGCCCGAUGAUGCUCGCAAAGAUGCUCAAGAAAAGAAUCCACACUUGCAUAAUCUAUACACGGGCGUAUCAAUGACUGAAGCAGAACUUUUGAACACGCUAAAAAGAUUUGGAGUAGAACAGAUGAAUCCUCUGGGAGAUAAAUUUGACCCCAAUAAGCAUGAAGCGAUAUUCCAAACUGCAGUGCCGGAUAAAGAAGCGGGGACUGUUUUUACGGUUGAGAAGGUUGGAUACACUUUGAAUGGGAGAAUAAUUAGGCCGGCACAAGUAGGAGUUGUUAAAGAUAUGGACAAUUCUUAA